AUGCCUCGGACUUUGCUCCUUUGCUUCAUACACGGGUUCAAGGGCGACGAUGACACAUUUAAAACCUUCCCGGUCGAUUUACAGGAGAAAGUAUCCAAGAAGCUUCCAGACCACAAUGUUGAGUCUAUAGUGUAUCCAAAGUAUGAGACGAAGGGGGAAUUAGGACAAUGCUGUGUGUCCUUUCUAUCAUGGUUGAAAGAGCGAGUAAUGGACGUGAGAAAAGCGCACACUGAGACACCGUGGCCGCCGCAUGAUAGAGAUGUGGGGGUAAUAUUAGUUGCGCAUUCAAUGGGGGGUUUUGUUGCUUCAGAUACACUUUUCCUAAUCCUGGAUGAGAUGAAACAAGGGUCACUACUAUUUCCCCCAAUCCAAGGGCUUCUAACCUUUGACACCCCUUACAAUGGCCUUGCGCGUUCUAUGUUUGUUUAUGGCGCGUUCUCAAACUACCAGAAAGUAAGUACGGUUUUUAAUGUCAUGACGGCUCUUUCAGCAGCUCCGUCGGCUCUUGGGAGAUCAGUCUUCAAACAGACGACGGCGACGACGCAUUUGCCAUCUGCAAAGCCUUCGCGGUCGGUCUGGAAGGGGUGGCAACUUGUUGCGGUACGCACAGGAACUGUUGGUGCGAUAGCUGCUGGAGGUGUCACGGCUUAUAUACACCGCCAACAGAUUAUGGACGGUAUGCGUAGCAUGCGAAACAUCAGUACGGAGUCCGUCAAGGAAGGGUAUCAACAAGGCAUGGAUACGUUGAGCCAGGGAUUAGCAUAUAUUAACCGUGGAAAUGUUGGACGCUCCUUCGAAUAUCUUUCAGACCAUUUUACAUUUGUUGGUACGCUUAUGAAGCAACAAGAACUAAGUCGAAGAUUAGAACGUAUGGCAGCACUUAAGGGUAUCGGCAUCCACGACUUCUACACAUCUUUAGGGGAAAAUGGUAUGUGGCAUGGCGGCUACUUUGUCCCCGAGCGCACAUUCUGCGCCAUACCAGCGAAGGAUAAUCUGGCCUAUCCUCUCUUCUCGCGGCAGGUCAUCAAAAAGACAGAAGACGAGGUACAAGCACACGUGAGCAUGUUUAUUAGAGAUAAGAACGAAGCGUAUGAACAAAUGACGGAAGAGGCUAGUAACCUCGUGAUUCGCUGGUUCAAUGAUGACUCCGACAUAUUCGAUGAUCCUCGAUUCGCAUCACCUCCACCUCCUGAACCUGUGGACCAACUUAUGACGACAACAGAAGACGGCCAGGAGAUUCCGAAGAUAGACCACAUCGCUGAAGGCACGGACACAAGUCAGGAGGAGGUAGAAGACGAAGGGGAUGAUAACAACCUUCCCGACGCGUCGCCACUAGAUAUCACUGUGGCAGCGUCUAUCGUACCACUACCAGACGACGAGAUUCCAUCAGAAAGCGAAGACCAAGAUGCGCAGAAAAGGACAUACAUGCGGUACCUUAUGGGAAUAGCGCAACAAGCAGGUACAGGAGUCAAGUCUUACGUGCCGACAAAGAUUCCGGAGAUACCUCAAAUCCCGUCGGGGUCUAGUUUCAGAUCAUAUCUCCCUAUCCAAAUGCCACAAAUGCCGAGUAUCCCGAGACCGAUUAAGGAUUCAGAGCACUAUUAG